AUAGCAAAUGGUUACUAUAUGGAGCUGCCAUCCAAAAUCAAGAGUAGCAGCCUUUACGUGUUCUAAGAGAUGGGAUCUCUUUUCAUUUUCUUCAUCUUCUCACUUGUUCUGUUUGCGAGCGGUCUCCAUGUUCAUGCCAGACCAAACCCGCAGUCACUGCCCAUGGCUAAGAGCAACGCCGCCAAUUGUCACACACCGACGAAAGUCAUAGCUGAUGAUUCUGCAAUGAGGAGGCCUUUUGUGAGAGAUUUUGAGUCAAUACCCAAGGCAUCGAUUUAUGAUGACAAUGCAAAAUUAACAAAAGAAAGAUCUUUUGCAGAGGGGAAGUCUUUUGUAAAAGAUUUUGAACCAAUACCCAACUUAUCGGUGUAUGGUGAUAAUGCUAAACUAAUGGCACAUAAAUCUCCCACAUCAGAAGGGCAUUUUGUGAGAGAUUUUGAGUCAAUACCCAACGCAUCGAUGGACGGCAACGACGCUAAACUAAAGGCACAUAAAUCUCCCACAUCAGAAGGGCAUUUUGUGAGAGAUUUUGAGCCAAUACCUAAUCUAUCGGUGUAUGACGACGACGCUAAACUAGCAGCACAUAAAUCUCCCACACUGGAAAAGUCUUUUGUGAGAGAUUUUGAACCAAUACCCAACCUAUCGGUGUACGACGACGACGAUAAACUAACGGUACAGAAAUCUCCCACAUCAAGAAAGCCAUUUGUGAGAGAUUUUGAUCCAAUACCCAACGCAUCAGUGUACGACGACGACGCUAAACUAAAGACACAUAAAUCUCCCACAUCGGAAGUGCCUUUUGUGAGAGAUUUUGAGCCAAUACCUAACCUAUCGGUGUACGAUGAUGACGCUAAACUAGCAGCACAUAAAUCUCCCAUACUGAAAAAGCCUUUUGUGAGAGAUUUUGAGCCAAUACCCAACCUAUCGGUGUACGACGACAACGGUAAACUAACGGCACAUAAAUCUCCCACAUCAAGAAAGUCAUUUGUGAGAGAUUUUGAGCCAAUACCCAAUGCAUCGAGCACGCCAGUCUAAAGAAGAAAACAAUUAUUGGAUAUUUUCAAGCAUAGCCGUCGAGCAAUGCUCUUUAGAUGGACUAUCAUCGAAUGUAAGUUGAUGUUAAGGGUCUGUGUUAUUGUGCUAUAAGUCUACUAUGAUGGUUUGUGUUAUUGUGCUAUAAGUCCUGUAUGAUUGUGGAUUGAAUUAUCCUUGUUGCUAGAAGUAAGUUUUUGUGAUGUUUAUUGAAUAAAAAUCAUGUUUAAUUUA